CUGUACCUUCGCAGGACAUCUUGAUAUAUCAAUCAUUCCCGCCGAACCAUCUCAAUUCCAAUCCCCCCAAGAUGGCUUCCCCGAUAUUCUUUGGACCCCUGAUUGCACUCCGUCUCGCCCCUCUCGUAAGCUCAACCUGCAGCCUCUGGUUCGCUUGGGACCAGAACCUCUUCCUGCGCACCUUCGUGCACCCCGCCAACCGCGCCGCCAGCGAUCGCUCCCUCCCCACCUACUUCCGGACCUUUUUCCGCAGCGGUGUGACCUGGGUCCUCGUCCUCCUGGGCUUCUCACUUGCGACGGCCGGCAUGAACCUCGUCACCGACCGGGCCUCGCUGGCCCAACGGCAGUCCCUGCGGUGGUACGUCGCCGGCGCCGCCCUGACCGCCGGGCAUGCCCUUUACGCGCCCGUCGUCGCGCCCAUCGUGCGCGCGAUCACCGAUGACCACUCCAAGGGCCACUCCACGCGCGACCUGGAGCGGUGGCUGUGGUGGAACUUCCUUCGCAUGUUGACCGUGGAUCUGGGGGCGUGGGUGUGCUUUGGGGUGGGGGCUAUCCAAGCACUCAACUGAGAACCAUCGCCUGUCGUCCAGGUGUCGCUGGGGAGGGAAAUGAGCACUUAGGAUUACCUACUGGGUCACUCUGUCACUUCAAAUCCCGCACCCAGUUACGACCGGAUGAUGGAGAAGCCUCGAUUGCUCUUUUUUGACGAUUAGUCGUUUUCACGCGAUCCCCCUGCCAUCUCACUCUCUUGCUUCUCUUGCUUGCUUUCCCACUUGCCGCAUCCCCUGCAAUGUCUGUAGUGAAAGUAUAUUUCUGAGGAUGCGCAAAUAGAC